AGAGGAGUUUGGGCUUCUGGCGGGAGGAGUAUCCUACAGCCCAGGACCUGACCUGUGUCAUCCUGGCUGUGAGAAUACUAUGGGAAGCAGAAAUGGAGCGUGAAGGUGUGUGUUACCUCCAGGAUGGGGCUCUCAAGGCUGAGACUGAAGCUUGUCCCAGAGCACAAUUGAUGACUCUGCUCUGGCAGGGGAGAAUUAGAGAAGGAGGACUAAAAAAAAAAAAGACUGAGGCGAAGAUGGAGGAAGGCGCCCAGGCCCCAGACUGGGACAGUGAUGAAACGGUGAUCGAGGGAUCGGUGAUGGAGAGUGACCUGGAGGAAGAGGAGCUGCCCUGGAGAAGGUUGCUCAUUGUUGAAGACACAUCUCUUAGAUCUGAAUUCAGCCUCCAUCCUGGUACAAGUGGAAUAUGCAAAGGCUCAUGUUCUCCUGAGAUUCAACUUAGUUUUAAAUGCAGAGAGGAUCGAAAAGAGCAAAUAAGUAAAAAUAAGACGAUGCCUGUUCUUGGUGAGGACGCAGUCUUACAGCAACCUCAAGAUGAAAUGGAACAAAAACAAGCUCUGUUACAGACCAGAAAAAGUCCAAUGUUCACUGUGUCAUUUCCCCAAGCUGAACUUUCACUGAAACACCAAAGCAUUCAAGGGCCUAAGGCUGAAAAUCCUGCAGUUUUUCCACACCCAGAAAAGGAACUAAGUGCAGACAGAGACUCGCCUGAAAUUAGCCUUCUCUCAGGUUCUGCCAUUAAAGUAUCUGAUAUGGUUGCUCUAAAGGAGAAAUUGUUAAUAGAGCCAGAGAAGAUCUUAGCAGCACCAAGUACAUUUUCUGAGUCUGGAAAAGAAGUCACAUUGACCAUGACUUCCGAAGAAACCAAGGAUGAAGAAAGCUCUCUUGAAACUUUUGUGUCUGCCUUAGAACAGUUACUGACACCACCAGAAAUCAUCCAAGAAGAAGGAGUGUUUGAAAUAAUGAGUGAUUUUGAACCUGGAGAGUUUAUGAACCCAUUGAGCAACUCUCCAAAUUCCAUGUCAAUACCUUUGACGUGCCACAGAGACCUACUAGAAAACACAAAAGAUGAUGGAUUGCCAGCUGAGUUGUUAGCAGCCCUAAACACAUUGUCAGAAGAAGCCAAGGUGGGACCCCUCUGUCACAGAAGAGAGAGAGGCAGCAGUCCCAGUGCUGGAAAUGAAUGCUUGGGAAUAAAGUAUAACAUGUCUCAGACUGAUACAGACUUUACACACAUAGCUGAGGUGAAUCUUGAUUCUCUUUAUUCUACUCCACCGUUUGAACAAGAUGCCAAGUUAGCUGAGCUGCAGGACAAGCAUCUUCCAGUGCAGCAAACUCUAGAAGACCCAAAUCCAUUUGGAUUGCAGACUUUGAUUCAUCAAAAUGUUGUCUCUUGUGAUCCACUAAAUAAUAAAGGAAAUUCAAAUCCAGUGGAAAAUAGCUCAGACCAGGACACUCCACGUGUGUUAAGGAGAUCAUCCAGAAUAAAAGUAGGCAACAACACAGAUAACAUGUAUAAGAUGGCAGAAAAGAUUUUCCCAAAAAUACUUGGCUGUGAGAAUCAAACAAAUAAUAACUUUUCAACUGAGAAUUUCAGAAUGCAGGAUCCUGCUUUAAUGAUUAAAGGUAAAAGGAAGACUAUGCAUUCAUCCAGACUCAAGAGUGGAGAACAGACCUGGAAAAACAGAAAACUUGCAAGAAACAAUGAAAAACUGAAGAUGAAUACAGUAUCUCUUUCUGCUGUUAACCGGAGAAACAUUUUUGGAGAGAACUUACUAUAUAAGGCUGCUGUGUGGAAUGAUAUUGAUCUUGUUCAUCUCUGUAUUAAAAAAGGUGGAAAUGUUAACCAACCAAGUUAUGCUGGUUGGACAGCACUUCAUGAAGCUAGUGUAGGAGGAUUUUAUGAGACAGCAAGUGAACUGGUAAAAGGUGGAGCGGAUGUAAAUGUCAAAGGAAUGUAUCAGAUCACUCCCCUACAUGAUGCUGUGGUGAAUAAACAUUAUAAGGUGGCAGAGUUACUUCUUUGGAAUGGAGCUGAUCCAUUAUUUAGAAGUGACAAUGGAAAGUGUGCUUUGGAUGAGGCCAAAGAUGCAUGUAUGAAGCGUCUUCUUGAGAGAUACGUUCCUAAACAUCAAAAACAUCCUACUUCAGUUCAGAAGAAUAGCAGUGACCCAUUAGACACAGAGGAUGCACAUCAGCACAAGAAACCAAAAUUCAGUGCUAAAAAUUGCGCUGAGUUUGUUUGUGAUGAAAAUUCCAACAGACAAAAGCCAGAACAUGUAAAAGUUGAUAAAAGAAGCAAAGAAGGUUUAUUUAUAAAGAAAGAAGAUAUAUAUGAACAUUACCAAAAAGAUUCCACAAACACGAAAUUUGGUAAAUUCAAGCGUAAGCAAUCAACUCUUAACCAAAUACGUUCUACAGGACUCAGAAAGGACAAUCUCCGUAACGGCAAAAAUCCCAGCACAAAUGUGUCUAAAUGUAAAGGAAGAAGAAAUGUACAACAAGAAAGGACUCAAGUGGAUAAUGCAAUCCGAGAAAGCUAUCCACGAAAGACAGUAGCUGUCUCUUCUUCCAGAAGAAUAAACAGAUUGGUUACUGAUCAGCAACAUAUUCUCCAAACUCUCGCCGACCUCCCACAAGAAUCAUGUGAACCUUUUAGCCCAGGUCUGUCAAGUCUGAAAAAUGAAUUAGAUAACAGUGUUGAGGCUUGUUCAGGUCCCAAAAAGACAUAUACACAGAGCCCAGAUUUAUCAGAUAAUCAAGAAAUAAAAUUCUUGGAGUUAGAAUCCGUUGACCAAGCUAAAGCUGUUUCUUUUUCAGGACCUUCUUUACAUAAAGAAAUCAAGUUACCAGUUGUUACCACAGAUCAGCAGUUUCAUACUCACCAGGAACAGCAGGACAUUAACCCUUAUAAAUCUCAUGAAAACAGUGACUCUAGUGAAAACACAGAGAGCCUUAAUAAGUGGGAAAAUUUUAAUAAUGAUGAUCAUGGUGAUUGCUGUACCUCUGAGAAGACUGUAACAUCUAAAAAGGUGAUAAGUUCUACAGGCUGCAAAAUGUACUGUAAUUAUAAAGAGAACAUAGCAAAUAGAGAAGAAAUGGAUUUUCAACAGUUUUUACCGUCUGAAGACCAUUUUUCACAGGAAGACAAGUCAAAAUCGGGCAGCCUAAACAUACUUCCACAACAGGAACCUGUUCAUUUUUUAAAUUCCGAUAAUACAGCAGCUUCUGAACCACAUGUAUCAAAUUAUGAACAAUGCAUAUAUGGAACUUCUUUCGAUCACCCACCUGACAAUCCUGAGCAUAUUUCCCUGGCUUGUACAAGAACACUUUCGACACAUGAAGUUUCCGAGUUGACUAGUUAUGUGGAGCAAUUCAAAAGGCCUCAGGAUUGUAGCCCCAGAGCACCAACUCCUUUAAUGAAUCAAACAGAUACACAUAUUGUGGGAAAGGUGAAAGAAAAAGAAGGCACUAAAAAGAGUUACACUGACAAAGGCCAAAAACCAAGCUCUUCAAAUAGGCCUUUAUCCACAGUUGUUCAUUGUCAAGUAAUAGAAACAACUAAAGUUGAAAAAAGGAGACAAUGCCUUCUGGAGAGUGAAAUCAUACAUAAUACAGAUUUUUAUUCUGACAAUAUGAAUAAAGAAUUGACCAACAUCUCACAACUUAGUCAAAGAGAAGAGAAGGAAAUUUCUCACCAACGAGAUGAGGAAUUAACUAAUAAUAUUAAUAGAGAUGAUACCACUGUAAGAAAUUGUGAGGAGGAAAAAGAAAAAACAGAUUCAGAAAUUCACAUACCUACUAACAUCCAAGAACACAAAGCUCAUAAUUUCAGGAAAAGACAAAAUUUCUUGAAAGCUGCCUCCAGCAAAGAAAUGAAAACAUCUGGGAUCAAUAAGAGGAAUGCCAGAGGGAAAAGCCGGCUUCAUUUGGCUGUCAGAAGAGGAAAUUUGUUUUUGGUGAAAGCUCUAAUAGAUUCUGGAGCAGAUGUGAAUGUAAAAGAUAAUGCAGGUUGGACACCACUACAUAAGGCAUGUAGUGAGGGAUCUGAUGAUAUAAUUGUAGAGUUGUUAAAAGGUGGUGCUAAGGUUAAUUGUGAAAAUCUAGAUGGAAUGCUACCCUUACAUGAUGCUGUUGCAAACAAUCAUUUAAAGGCAGCUGAGAUUCUACUACAACAUGGAGCAAACCCUAAUCAAAAGAAUCAAAAACAGAAGACUGCUUUAGAUGAGGCAGAUGAUGAAAAAAUGAGAGAGCUGCUAAAAUCCUAUGGUGCUAUUGAGGGUGAUAAUAGAGAUGACAGUAACGCUGUAGUCACUGAAGUUUCUACUGUCCAGUCCAAAAGACAGAGUUUUUGUGAUGACCGCAAAACUGAGCCACCUUCUCUUUCAUACCAAGAAAACACAAGAGAAAGCCUCACUUUGCAUCAGACCAUCAGUGCCACUCUACAAGAUAUAGAAGAAAAACAAGAAAAUUUAUUGGAGUUUGAAAUAAGAACCCCUGAAGAUGCAGAACAAUACAUCGAAAAGAUGUUAGCGAUAAAAGAAGUUAUGGAUAAUGUGCUUGCCAAACAGAAGGCAGAAAGGGAUGAUCUGGCUGCAAAAUACAGCUUCUUGCAUUUUUGCUACCAGUUGUUUGCUAAUCUGAUUUCUUCUUGCUGCUGCUUCCACUACAUCUAUCUGCCUUAA